AUGAACUCUUCAUCCCUAUGGUGUUGGUUCUCUCCAACUACUACAUCAAUUCUGUUAGACGCUGCAAUACUCUCCAUGGUUUGUCUUACAGGAUGGUUUCUGUAUGGCUCUUUAUGCAUUUAUUGGAAUUACCGAAAAGUGAAACACAUUCCAGGCUCUUUUCAAUACUUCUUUAGCUUUAUUCCGAUUCCGUUUUUUGCUGAACACAUUUAUUUCGGAGGAGAAGACACUGUCGAGAAACUCAUUCAAGAAAGAGGAGAAGCCAAGACUGGUCUCGUUCGAGUUUCUAUGGCCUCUAAGAAUGGUCAUUCUCAAUGA